GGACUGGAACCUACGUGAUGUUCCUUGUUUGCAGAGCAGAAUCGUAGGCAGUGCGCGAGAGCUACUUUGGAAGGUCGAAAGAAGACUGUGGGAUCUGUUUAUUUAUCGGUGAAAACUCAGUGUUUCUUGCACUAUGGGUGAGAAACCGUUGACGGAUGCUGAACGGAAGAGGCAAAUAUCUCUUCGACGGCUCCCGAUCGUGGAAGGUGUGAACAGUCUAAAAGAAGCUUUUAAUCGCCAUUUGCACUACUCGCUCGUCAAGGACAGAAACGUAGCAACGAAACGCGACUACUUCGCUUCUUUGGCGCACACAGUGAAGGAUAAAUUAGUUGGAAAGUGGAUUCGAACACAGCAAGCUUAUUACGAGAAAGAUCCCAAGGUAUUAAUGUAUUUUGUAGUGGUCUUUUCAUUUUGACCCGUACUAAAUUUACCAACAUCCAUAUUUAAAAACACAAUUCAUCUUUUUAGAAGUGUGUUUGGUUUAGAGAUGUUCAUGGAGAAGGAAUUUUUCAUUUGUUUUAACCAUGAUUGUUUUCUGCUUUCAUUUGGCGAAAGUUCAACCUACCGGCUUUUUAACAGCAUUUAUUUCCCUCUACCACAGAAAUCGUGAACUUGUUUUUCCAACCCCUGUGUAUGUUGAAUUGGAGCUAGGCCACAAUUUUAAAGCUUACGUCUGAACGGCAUUUUUGUUCUAUAUUGAUUGCUUUUGUGCUUGGAAGGUUUUGUAAAGAAUAUAUAAGUCAUCAAAAAUUGUGCAGGCAUUUGCGGUUGCAAGAGCACAACCGUGACAGAAAACACGUUCCUAUUUUGCAUAAAUUAUUGGCAGGCAUCAAAUUGUUAUCAACUGGUCAAGUUCAGUUGACCCACUUAUGCGCGACAUUGUAGGAAUUAACAUUUUUUUUUACGCACUUUGUUCUGUUUUGUGUUUUUUGUUGUUGUGGUAAUUGAACUUAUUUUUUUGCAUUACUUUGUUUUGAACUGAUCCGUUCCAACAGUUUCACUCAAUAAUUAGGCUGUCAAUAUAAUGUAGGAAACCACAGGUUACGAAGUACAGGUUUCCAAAAUAAUGAAAAAUUCUGUUUGAUUAGGAUCAAGGCAGAGCAAAUAGUGUUUAUGCUUGAUGACAUUCCAGGACAUCUGUUAGAUGUUUUAAUAUCCAGUAAUUUAUCAAAGGUUUAAAUAAGUAAUAACAAUGAUUUGUAGAUGUCCACCCCUUUUUUUAAAGGAAUUUUAGGGUUUGUGGGUUAAUUUCAUACGAAGAUCAUUACUAAACAAGGAAAAAAUGUCAAUCAGCUGGAUUUGAUUUUCUUUGGUGAUUUUCCUCAUUCUGCACCCAGAAAACCCUCAUGAGCCAUAUUUUAAAAGACAGCAGUUUGUAUUAAUGAUCUUAGAGGAAAAGAACUAAAAAAUUAAAGAGUGAUUUUCUAGUAUACAGUGUCUAAUGAUGUAGAUAACUUUUUGUUGAAUAUUUAUAUUAUGGGUACACAUAAUUGUGCAGUGAUUAGCAGCAAGUUAUGUUACAAAAUUAAAAUGCUUUUUGAUUUAGUGGCAUAAAACCAAACCCAAGGCAAUGAUGUUUUAUGUCUAGUGAAAAAAAAUAUUAUUUCAGAGUGAGAUCUAAAACUUGCUUGGUUAUUACAUGUACCUCCUAACAAAAAAAAUCAUGUCUUUUCUAAAGGUCUCUAAAAGCACAGUUGUAAUAUUAUUUUUGUUAUUUAUACUGUUACCAUUAUUGGGUUGACCUGGUGUGGAGAAUUUUGUAUUAAAUCAACUAAUAAUCUUCUUGAUAUUUUUGCAUAUUCUCAUCACUUGUGUGCUUGAUAUUGUAUGGAAAUUCUGUCUUAAUCACUUAUAGAGUUACUGGGUUAACAUCACAUAACAUAAUAUAACUUUGUUGAGCACCAACUGGCUUCUUUUAUUACCAUGGAACUUUCAGUAUUGAUCAGGCAAACUCAGUAUUUUUUUACUUUUUUACAUUGGCAGCGUGUAUAUUAUCUUUCACUGGAGUAUUACAUGGGCCGCGCGCUCACAAACACUAUGAUCAAUCUAGGCAUUCAAGGAGAAUGUGAUGAAGCCAUGUACCAGGUAAGGCCUGUGCUUUAGGGCACAACUCUCGCUAUGUUUUUUGUGUUUUUGAGAAGGAUAAUUUUUUGACAAUCAGGAGGUUCUUCAGUUAUUGAUCGUUACCUUUAUUCUCAUGACCUUUACAUCUCAGAUUAAAGGGUGAUACUGUAAGGAAAAAUCAGAACCCAGGCACUUUUUGAUGUUAAAGAAUGAAUUUUAUCACAUAAACUGUGGUGUUAUACAGGGAUUUUCAGCCCUGAGAAAAGUCGUAACAACACAUAUGAAAAAAUAUCAUAUUUUUUCACAUGUGUUGAUAUAGCCAAUCAGCUACUGACACGUCACUUGCCUUUGGCACCACUCAAUCAAGUUGAUAAAUGAAUGGCAAAGCCUUUGCAAAAUCUCAUUACAAGUUGUUUGUCUUGAGAAUCUUCAAAUUAUGGCAGCUGAAACACUAAAAAAUAUGUAUUGCUGACAGUGAGGUUCAAACUUUCCCAGAAGGGGAAGAAAACCAAUAUACUUAAAAGAAAAACCAAAAGUUACAUAUUCAGUGGCUUUGGUGUUAGGAUUUCUCUCAGCUGAGAAUGAAAAUCAACAACUGGAAGAUUUCUCACUGGCUGAUUUUGGCCAUUUACCUGAAAGACUUCUUGUGUCGGUAAGGACAAAGUCAAUAAAUGAGAAUUUUAUAAAUUGAAAAUUAUGACCAUUGUUGGUUUUGUAAUCAUGAUUCAAUGCAUUUUUCCAUCUUAAGAGUUAGUGCCCAUGCGUGCCCAUGUAUUAUUCUCUAUUUAUAUUUGUGUCACACUAUUUGAAAAAUGUUGACUUUUCCUCACUCAACCCACAUUCCCUGAUGUGAAAUUAUUUACUGUUAAGAGUAUAGUUUUUGUAAUUUUGAGGGAAUUAUUUAUGCUUGAUAUAGCUUGGCCUUGAGAUGGAAGAGUUAGAGGAAGUUGAGGAAGAUGCUGGUCUUGGAAAUGGAGGUCUUGGAAGAUUGGCAGCAUGCUUCUUGGAUUCACUGGCUACCUUGGGUUAUGCUGCAUAUGGCUAUGGAAUCAGAUAUGAAUAUGGAAUAUUCAAACAAGCUGUUGACAGUCAUGGAAAUCAGGUCUGUGAAAUAACUUUUUUCCUUUUGUUACCCCUCCUUUAUGUGGGCGAGUGUUACAGCUGUAUAUAUAUAUAUAUAUAUAUAUAUGUUGUUUUUUUUCCUUGGUUUCAUGUCUGCCAUUAAAUAUUUACUAUUACGAGUCAGAUGAAUAAAGCUUUAACUGAGGUAACAUUCCAAAUUCUGUCUGGGAAAAAUUUCCCAGAUGAUAGCUACACUGUGUUUUGGUUGUAUUCAUUGCUAUCAACCUUUGAUCAGAUUGCUAAUUCUCCCCUCCAGCUGUUAUACAUUCCAUUGUAAAUUAGUUAUGAGAUUUUGGUGUUAAAUCAAGAUCACUUCUGCCUGAUAAAUUUGAGUAUUCCCGUUACCUGUUUGCUGGGUAGAGUUUGGAUGUGGUAGGGAGAAGUAACAUGUUGAUCAAUUCUUGAAGUUAAAGGGUUAAACAGUAAUUUUGUGUGAUGAUGUACUUCUGUAGCCUAAAAAGAGCAAUUGGUAUAUUAUUUAUUAGGUUACAAUUAUAGCUUCCUUAUUUCCAACAAGUUAGACAGAAAAAAAUAUUUAUUUACCAAAAGAACCCAAAGACCCAAAGCAAUGUCUCAAAAUGUAUGGAAUACAUCGGAAUAACAUUGAGAUGCUUUGGUUACUUGGUGACAAGGGCCAAAGUGCAUGUCCAUGGUACAGGUUUCAAUGGGCAAGAUAUAAGUUCCAUGCCUUGUGAUCACCAGUUAACCCCCCAUAACUGACCAAUACAGAAUUUCUCCUUACAACAUUGAUACAAUAUCAAGCUGAAGAGAAAGGAGAAAGAGGAGAAUAUCAGUUACUGGGUGAUUUUGAUUUGUUGAUCCAAAAUGAAAUUCUCAGAAUGACACUAACAGAAAAAGAAUUGUGAUUGUGAUUUGUUGAUCCAAAAUGAAAUUCUCAGAAUGACACUAACAGAAAAAGAAUUGUGAUUGUGAUUUGUUGAUCCAAAAUGAAAUUCUCAGAAUGAAACUAACAGAAAAAAAUUUAAUGAGGUGAAAAAUUUCAGAAUGAAAUAACAGAAAAAAUUUAUUGUCAGUGGCAAGGGGAAUUUUUAAAAUUAAAAUGAAAACUUGAAUUGUUUUUAAUUUAUUUAGAAAGUAAAUUUUAACUCAACAAUACAGAAUGAGUCAUGUCACUCACCAUUUCAUAGAUUGAGUUGCCAGAUGACUGGCUGAAAUUUGGAUGUCCUUGGGAAAAGGCUAGACCAGAGUACAUGAUCCCUGUUCAUUUUUAUGGAAGAGUUGAGUCAGACGUAACUGGCAAAACAAAGCGCUGGGUUGAUACAAGUACAGUGUAUGCUAUGCCUUAUGAUCAACCCAUCCCUGGCUAUGGCAACAACACUUGUAACACCAUGAGACUGUGGGCAGCUAAAUCUCCAAAGAGUUUUGAUCUUUCAUACUGUAAGUAACUACUGAAGUCAGGGAUACUCAAGUGGCAAGUCAUGUGGCAGUGAAAAGGUUCUUUCUGUGAUGAGAUGCAGACUUUUUUCCUAGGGCUUUUUUUUUUUUUUUUUGCAUUUUCAGUGCUAUCAAAACUUUUUUCCUUGGAGUGUGUGGCUUUUGUAUAUGAGAGUACAUUUUGCUUUAUUUCAUGCCAAGAAAGAUACAUGCACUGUCUCAGCAAGAACUUCCCUUUUUCUCUCUCUUUUGGUGGUAACAUACAUGUUUGCAAUUUGAUAAAGAACCUCAACCCCUAUCACUUUGUCUUUUAAUUUUGCAGUCAUCUGUAAAGAGCAAUUCAUGUGUUUAUUAGCUCGAAAUAAAUCUGUAUUUGACUGUUCUUGAUCUAUGUUUAUGGAUAUAUCCAAUGUGUGUUUGAUGUGCCAACAUCUAUUUACAUUUUCAACUAAUGGCAGACACAGUGCAUCAAGUUGAUUUAUAACUACUUUAAUUAGUUGUUAAUUGUCGUUUUUAAAAAAUAUAUAUUUUUUUUGUAUUCAUUCUUUUAAACUUUUUUCCAGUUAACGAUGGAGAUUACAUAAAAGCUGUACUGGACAGAAAUGUGGCGGAGAAUAUUUCAAGAGUUCUAUACCCAAAUGAUAAUGUAAGAUGUUUUGUAAUUUCAGUGGUGAUCAGAAGAAAAGAAAUUAACUUUAAGAACUAAUGAGACCUCAAAGUAAACCCAACCAAAGUACCUGUGGGUAACAACAUCUUUGAAUGGUUUUAGUUUGCAUCUGAUUGACUGAUAAAGUACCACAACUUUUCUGAACCAAUCACAAAGUGAAGUAAAGCAAACCAAUGUAAACUGGGAUUACUUUUGAUGCUCAUUUGAAAAUUGCUCUCGAAAUUUACUUACUCAUUACUAAUUAACUCAGCAUGAAUAUCCUUAAAUUUUUUUAUUUUCUUUCAGUUUUUUGAGGGGAAGGAACUGCGUUUGAAGCAACAGUACUUCAUGGUUUCUGCCACACUCACUGACAUUGUUAGAAGAUACAAAGCCCCAAAAUUUGGUUCCAGAGAAGCUGUUCGCACAACUUUUGAGGAUUUUCCUGACAAGGUAAGUUCCAGAAUUACCUUAGUGGAAGGAUUCUUAAUUAUUCAGUGUUAACCCUUUUGCUUGCAGAUCUCAUUAGUAAUUCUCCCUACUGUCUGCAAUUGGAUUCUUGUGAUGUUAGUUGGGAGAAUUUGAUGUUUGAUCCACUAAUAAUCUUCUAAUUGAUAUUUUUCUUUAUUCUCGUCUCUUGUCUGCGUAAUGUCACCUCACAGGUUUUUUUUUGCAUGCCAACAUAAUGACCAGCUCCCAGUUGGCUUGUUAGCUCAGUUGGUAGAACACUGCAUGGAUAGUACAGAGGUCAUGGGUUCAAAUCCCAUCCAGGCCUAAAGUUUUUUCAGCCCUUGUUUUACUACUACUUAAGUAGUGCUCAACACAGUGAAGAUCACUUUCAUUCAUUGAGAGUAAAGUCACGUUUGUAGUAGCUGUGCUAUGUGUGGACUUGACAUCAUCUGCAUGUACCUGUUUAUCAUUUAUGUGAAGAUUGAGGGGAGAAUUAAUAUGCAUUUACUUGAAUUUUUAACAGUAACAAAAAAAGAAAAAAAAUUAGGGAUGACAGAGAAGUGAUAAACCCUCUACACCUUAACAUGGGUAUGCAUAUUCUCCUUAAUGUUCUCAAUACAUUUCCUAAGGUGCUGCCAAAAAAAUUAAGAACUGCUUUAGUUGGUGAUCAUUUCUUCUAUUCUGGUGACUUACAUCUGUUAUCUAAGGGUGUUAAUGUUAGGAGAAAUUAGAUGUCAGUCACUCUUAGAUGUUAAGGGUUUAUUUGCUUAUUCACAGAGCUGCUGUUUUGUAUUUUCAGGUUGCUAUUCAGCUGAAUGACACUCAUCCUUCUCUAGCCAUUCCAGAACUCAUGAGAGUAUUCCUGGACAUUGAGAAACUCAGCUGGGACAAGGUAAGACAGCAAAUGGGAAUAAGCAGAAACAGAAAAAUAAAAAAAUACAAAGCAAAAAAAUGGCCAAACAAAAUAAUGAACAAAUUCAACUUUAAAAAGAUUGUAGCUGUUUUUUUUUUUAAACUUGUUGAGGAUUAGGAGAAACUUGACUGGAUUUAUUUGAUUCACUUCAUGCAAAUAUGUUCUAUACAUAAAAGAGGUUCUAAAGAUGUAUAAUAUAUAUGUAAAGGCUUUUUAUCUCCAAGAUUAGCACAUGAAACAGUUCACUUGUUGUCACCACGUUUCUGAAUGAUUGAAAGGAAUUGAAGGAACAAAGCUGUAAAUGUAUAUCUGCAAUGUAAUUUGGUAUUAUCAACUGAGUUGAUGUAAAUUGGCCACCACAAAGAGUUACGAUGCUGGCACUUGAGCAUUAGCCCUUUGUCCAAGUGAAUCAAGGAAUUGUGGGUAGUGUGUGUUUGUUUAUGUGUAGAAAUUGGACAUUGUAACAAGAAAAACAAGAAUAAAGCGUUUGUUAUAUACCGUGGGGAUAAAGAGUGCGGAUUUGAAAGAUAAAUUUUUGUACUAGAGUCUUGCGGCUUUCUGAACUGCCAAGAUGUAGGGAAAAUCUGCAAAAUGCCAUAUGCUGCCUAGAAACUUACCCCCUUUAUUCAUGUAUCUGCAAUACACUGACAUAAAGAAAUCGGUUUUGUACAGAAAUUAAUAUGUGUGAUGGAGGCGAGAUUGGCCUGAAAACAGGCCCUCAUUCUUAGUGCUGCAGGAGGUGCAUCACUCCUUCUGCAUGAAGAUUUGAGAGUACCAGACCCCUUGCUGACCUCUCAGUGGCUUGUGUUGCUCAAGGCAACCAAAUAAUUAUUAGAAACACCUAUGCGAAGGCACUCAUACUGAGGACCAGCUAAUAGGCUUAUAUGAGGUAUGAUGUAGCACCUUGGUGCAUAUUGUUCGAUACAUGUGUACUGUUUUGACUUCAUAGGCGUGGGAUAUUUGUGUGAAGACUUUCAGUUACACCAAUCACACGGUUCUUCCUGAAGCAUUAGAAAGAUGGCCAGUACACAUGUUGGAAUACAUUCUGCCCCGCCAUCUGGAGAUCAUCUAUGAAAUAAAUGCUCUCUUCCUAAAGGUAAGGAAUAGUAUUGGGUGAUCUGUGUAAUGUAUGAACCACAGUGACCCCCCACACCUUUUAUACUUAUUGCCACAAAUUUGUAUUCUAGUUUGUUUAGCCUUGACAGAUUGUAACCAGUACAACCUGUAGAUGGAAUGAGGGAGUUGACGGGAGGUUUACUUUCACUCUAACCUCUGAGGCUUCCACUGGCCAUGACCAAUAUUCACUUAUUUUUUAUUGGGAUGGAGAGAGACUUUGUUAGGAAAAAUUUUUCUUGUUCCUCGAUUCAGCAUGAUCGGGCUUACGCGUUCCACCUAAUAUGUAAUUUCACUAUCUGUUCGCAGAAAGUAACAGAGAAGUGGCCAGGAGACCUAGAGAAAAUGCGACGAAUGUCUUUGGUGGAAGAAGGACCUGAAAAACGCAUUAACAUGUCACACUUGUGCAUUGUUGGUUCACAUGCAAUCAAUGGAGUAGCCGCUCUUCACUCUGAACUUCUCAAAAUCUCUGUGUAAGUGUGAUUGACACACGAUGUAAUCGUGAAACGAGAUUCUUUUAUGUGGUACAUGCAGUAGCAAACCUGCAAAUGGUUGGACUUGACGAUUAAAAUGAUCAUCUAAUUUAUAAUAAUUUCAUAGGUUUAAAGACUUCUAUGAGAUGUUUCCAGAGAAGUUUCAAAACAAGACCAAUGGCGUGACACCUCGACGAUGGCUUCUUCUUUGCAACCCUGGGUUGUCAGAUCUUAUCUGCGAGGUAAUACAAAUCGAUGAAAACUCUGUUAACCUUUUAACUCCCAGAAGUGAUUUACUUGUAACUUCUCCCUAUAAUAUCGGUUCAUUACCCAGCCAACAGGUAAUGAGAAUACAAAGACUUAUCAGAUAAAAGUUGUUAUCUUGAUGUGACACCAGAUUCUCAUGACUUAUUUACAAGGAAAUGUGUAGCAGUUAUUAGGGAGAAUUAACAAUCAAAUCUUGGGAGUGAAAGGGUUAAUUUUUUAUUUACGUUCAUUCAAAUGACAAGUGUUUUCCUCUCUAUAAUCAUUGCAGAAUUCUCCUUCAAAGGUUGAUCAAAGUGAAUUUUAACCUUUCGAUGACGAGCGUCUGCAUCUGUUUUGUUACUUUGCUAGAAAACCUUCACAUUGGAUGACACUAGCAAUUUUUACUUGUUUUAAUGGGGUUACUUGAUAUGUUAUAUUUAAUGCGAUUCUGUUGUAGAAAAUUGGUGAAGGAUGGAUCACUGAUCUUUCUCAGCUCAGAAAGUUAGAGAAGUAUGUCAAUGACAGAACCUUCAAACAUGCUGUCAUGAGGAGCAAACAGGUUAGUAUUCCUUUGGUUUUAAUAUUUUCCAGUCUUCACAUAAAACUAUGACUGUGUUAAAGCACAGUUUUAUAGACCAUUGCUCUAGUUUUCUGAUGCUGCAGAUUUCAGGUGUGUAUAUAAAGAUUCUCGGAAAAAGCGCAAAAGUGCACACGACAACUCUGAAUUGCAUUGUAGGUGUUUUCAGAUCACGGUUCCUUGACCGCAGGAUUUCAGGGAAAUCUUAGAAACGUUAUGUAAGGAAGAGGCACAACGGGUUUGAUGAAUUUAUCUUCUUCGCAAUAUUGGUUACAAUUUUAAACCUGAUGAAAAACGAAAAAAGGAACGAACUGACCCUAAUGAACGGCGAAAACGAUGCAAACUCAAUGAGAGCGAAUCAGAAAUGACCUAAAAAAAAUGUUUAUAACGUAAUAUUGGAUGGUUUUGUUCCUCUGGUGUACACAUACAUUUCUCCCCUCUUCUCAAGUCCUUUUGUCCAUAUUUAUAUGUUCCGCGUUUUGAAAUUCAUUUGAUUAUCGAAUACCCAGAUUACCUUUCGAGAUUGUCGUGUGCACUUGUUUCCGACAACAUAUAAGCAAACAGCUGCAUACAUACUGCAAUGCAAGGAAAAACUAUCACUCGUUUCAUUGCUGUGCUGGCCUAUGUUGGCCAUAUUGUGACAAAAUAAAACAUACAUUGUACAUGUAUGUGUCGUGUAAACUCAGUUAUUUGGUCUAAACUUCAAUAGAUAUCGCCUUCUAGAUAGCAAACAAUGGGGAGACCCUCCGAAAGGAGAAACGCCAUCACCAUAGACCAGGAGCUGUCUGCGUAAUGUGAAAAUGUGUCUAACAAUAACUGAAAUAGUCUGCAUGAGUGUUUUCAGAGAAGUAUUACGACCAAACUUGGUUUAUCAACUGAGUUUAUAACGUAAAUUGGCCGCCCUAAAGAUUCUCAGGCUGAUGUUUCGAGCGUUAGCCCUACGUCAGAACCAUUCUUCCGUUAAUCUUUCGUGCAUCAGUUGAUUCGCAAGUUCUUUCAUCAAUGGAUUAAAGGCUAAUAUUAGCGUCACCAUGUGCAUUUGCAGGAGAACAAGAUCAGACUUACAGAUUACAUCAAGAAAGAGUAUGGCAUUGACGUCAAUGUGAACUCCAUUUUUGACGUGCAAGUAAAACGGAUUCACGAGUACAAGAGACAGCUUAUGAACUGUCUUCAUGUUAUAAUUAUGUACAACCGUAAGUACAUUUAGAAUACUUCUUUUUAGCCGAAAAUAGGAACGUAGUAAAUUCGAGAUGUAGCAAUCCUCUGAUUCAUUUAAACCCAAUGUAUCUCCUCGUUACACUUCAAUAGUCUUCGCUUCUAUGUGAUCAGUUAAUAAAACGAAGCGCGAUAAUAAACGGCGCUAUAGUGAGAAGACGCGGAAGGUUUGGGUCGGGUCGCAUAUUGUACGAGACCCGACCCAUACUCCCUCGUUUUAUUUCACUCUUCCGGUACUUUCGCGCCGUUUACUACUGAAUUUACUACAUAAAUGGCAUCACUUACAUGUAGAAAUGAGUGUUUUUAGUGCUUAUAUGAAUAUUAUAAAUGGAAAGUUGUAGAGAUGUUGAAUCAGUAGUAUGAGGAAAAUUUUCAGCCAGGGAACGUGGUCUUGAUAUGGAUAUUAAGCAUGUAAUCUUGUGUUGUUUAUUGUGUAAUUCACAGGACUUAAGGCAAAUCCAGGCAUGGAGUUUGUUCCACGCACUGUCAUGAUUGGAGGAAAGGUUAGUAUGUGCGUUAUGUAUAAAUGGGAAUGCAAUUUUUUGUUACUUUAUUGUGAGAAUUGUGUUUCUGUUUUGGCAGGCAGCUCCAGGCUACUACAUGGCCAAACUGAUCAUUAAACUCUUCAACAGCAUUGCCAAAGGUGGGAAUAUGUUCACAAAAAUGGAAUUAUUUAUUCCUUUAAGUGUUAGGUACCAAAGGAACAAUGCCUGCUUGUCAUUUGACACUCGUUACUUCCACUUUGUUUGCGUCUGUUUGCUGUUUUUUUAACGAGUAAAAACACUGCCUAUGGAUGUUUAAAGUGAGAGGAGAUGACACUUUUAACUUAUUACACUUAACUUGAUGUAUUUAGCCUUUUAACUCCCAAGAUUUGAUUGUUGAUUCUCCCUUCUGGUAGUCACACAUUUCCUUGUAACAUAGUUACGAGGGUUCGGUGUUAGAUCAAGAUAACUAACAACUUCUACCUGAUAAGUUUGGGUAUUCUCAAAACUUGUUCCCUGGAUAAUGGAUAUAAUAGGGAGACGUUACAUGUUAAUCACUUCUGGGCAUGAAAGGGUUAAAAGGAAAAACGCAAGCCUGCUUUUUUUAUGGUUUUGGUAUAGCUGGAUAGCAAGACAACUUUAUUGCUUUCUUUACCUUGUUACUCUGCAUGUAAUAACUAGUUCCUUCGCGCGAUCUUUCUUUUGUAGUGGUGAACAAUGAUCCAAUCAUUGGGGACAAACUCAAACUUGUGUUUCUUGAAAAUUACCGAGUCUCACUUGCUGAGAAGGGUAUCCUUUUCAUUCAAGCUUUCUAACAAGUAGAUUGUAAUGUACUUUUCUCUCUAAUUAUCACGCUAGUAAAUGAAAAAAAAAUAGGAAACAUGGGUCAGCGUUUUCGAAAACUGGUCUGUUUUUAGAGAACAUUUUUACAUUUAUGGACGGAAGGCUUCAUUGUACGUUACAUUUGCAUUUCGUGUUUUUCUGGCGUGUUGAAGACGGGCCUUGUAAUAACACACGAUGAAAGACUUGGAGACCACAAGACCUUUUCACUGUUUAUGUUUUUGCACAUCCAACUUCAGCGUAGAAAAUUAAUUCUUCCUUCAAGUUGGAGAAGCACAUGUUCGGUGCAUGUUCAAAAUUUUUUAACAUUUUCAAUUGAAUUUCUUGACAUCGUUCCUCAGUUAUCCCAGCAGCUGACCUCUCUGAACAGGUAAAUUCGCACAACCUUUAUUGAAGCUUGUUGUUCGUUCUUAGGUCUUCAUUUCAUUUUAUCACUUGAUUGCGCAUUUUAAUAGGAGAGCUAGAAACAGCACCGAGACUUGCCAAGCAGAAUACGUACUGUAACGAGCUCUGAAUAUGUUGCAACUUGCGUACGUUGCAAUAUUAGAUUUAUAGUUCCAAAGCAAUUUAUGACAAAUUCACCACAGGUCUCUCAAGAAAUAAGUGCGAUUUCUUAAAGGGUUUAAAUUGUCAUCUUUCUGUUGCAAUUGGAACUCGAUCUUUUUUGUUUUUCUGGCUCAAUGUGUCUGAUGUGAUUAAGACUGACGACGCGUGAUGUAGAGUGCUCAGUUUGUCUUUGUAUUUUAGGGUGAUGAAUUGAUGAACUGAUGGAUGUUAGGAAUCGUCUGAUAUUUAUAUUUCGUUGUAGAUAUCCUUGGCGGGGACUGAAGCAUCUGGGACAGGAAACAUGAAAUUCAUGGUAUGUAACACUGCCUUUUGACACCAUGUCCAACCUUCCCAUCUUAUGUACGCUGAUCUAAUUAACUCUUCCUUGUCAAAUUUUGUUAAGCGGCGCCUUUCUCCGUUUCGCCCGCUCGCGGGAAGAUUUGAGACGAGUUGGGGAAAGUUCUGCCGCGGUCUGGCAUUAAAGGUGCAUGACCCCUCGUAGAUUUCUCGCCGAUUCGCGUUGCUUAAGGCCUUUCCCGUUCGAUUGACAAUCAGGAGCUUCUGAAUUUGGUGAUCAUUUCCUCUUUUGGCUUUUUAUUUGAUUCAAGGUGUGAUACCGUGAGGGGAAAUCAGAAGCUGGUCACUCUUAAGGGAUUAAAGGAUUGACAGAUGUAUACCAUACCGCUAGCCAUUCAUGUGAAUAAUUGUCAAAAAUCCGCGCGUAAAAGUUGAACUUUGCCCUACUGAAACUAGCUCCUCUAGGGCAAUUGUUUCGGCCCAUUCUUCUCUACUUUUGAGCGCUUCUCCGCAAAGAACAAUUAAUGAUGUCGUUGCUUUCUGCUCGAUGUACCGAAAACAUAUAUAUGAAUCGUGACAUCUUAUAAAAAUAAUAACUAAACGUGAUAAUGUACUGUGAAAUUGUUGAAAUUUUAAGUUCAAAAUCACAUUGAAUGAGUGAUCGAAGGGUUCCUGUUUUUAUUCAAAUGAAAGAUGAAUGGUGCGCUGACCAUUGGUACGCUUGAUGGAGCCAAUGUGGAGAUGAGGGAGGAGAUGGGCAGCGAAAACAUCUUCAUCUUUGGAAUGACUGUUGACGAAGUCAAUUCCUUGAGAGCAAAAGGGUGAGCAAUAGAAUUAACAAACAACACAUGCGAUUAAUACAGUAACUUUUCAUUAAAUUCAGGUGUAAAGCUGUAUCAGCUGAGAAAUUGUUUAAACUACGACUACAUACCGCUGUAGCAACUAGAAUAAAUCCAGGCCCGAUAUCGUGGAGGGAUCGUCACAGAGUUCUCACUUUUAUUGCUAUUUUUUGGGGGGCGGGGUUCUUUGUUGUACUGGUACUCUUUGGUACUUUAUACUGGUACACUUUGUUAUACUGGUAACGCUUGGAAAAGUUCUCUUUUAGUGCACUUGUCAAGGAAAAUUUGCCGGGUUUUAAAUUCCCCUUAAUUCUUUGCAGUUUUUCAAUAGGUCAUCUACUUUAGACGUUUUGCAAUUGCUCCUUGACUUUUAUCCCACUACAAAAACUGGCUGCUCUUUUUUUUUUUCGGACAAGGGGACUUACAUGAUUUUCUGCUGUACGCUAUUUAUGACUUCCAAAAUAUUAAAUCACUUUAAAAAUAUAAGAAGAUCACCAAGCAGCGCUUAUAAUUGAUAUAAAAUCAAUUAUUUUCGUAGCUAUAAGCCAAUGGAUUAUUACGACAACAACACUGAACUCAGGAAAGCCAUCAAUCAGAUCAGAGACAAUCACUUUUCACCGACUGAACCUGGUGCUUUCCAGGAUAUUGUCAAUUCUCUCCUGCAUCAUGAUAGGUAAGCACGCAAUAUUAUCAACUGAGUUGAUAACGUAAAUCGGUCAAAGUGAAGAGUUUUAAAGCUGGCGUUUCGAGCGUUAGCCCUUUCGUCAGAGCGGUUGACGCUUGAAACGUCAGCUUUGAAACUCCGAACGGUGGCCAAUUUACGUUAUCAACUCAGUUGAUAAUACCAAAUUACCACGUUUUAAGUGAUUGGCCUGCCCGAUCUCUAACAAUUCAAAUUUAUGUUAGACCGCACUUCUACCGAAUAUCAUUUCCCUGAUAGACUACGUAUAUUCCCUGCUUUUCGACGAUGUCCGUCGCACGAGUUAAAAAAAAAAAAAACUAUCGGUGAAAAAAGAAAGUUAGUGCCGUGUAAUCCACGCGGAGUUCUACGCGGCGCGCCGAUAUCUAUUCUUUUUUUCUCAGUGACUUUUUUGAACUCGUUCAACGCAUCGCUUGUAACCAAAGAUUUUCAUUCAGAGUCCUCGGCGUUUACCACAUGAACAAAGAGGCUGUUAGUCCUUCAAUUAAAAACUCCACGUUACAAUAUUGUUUAUUUUCCCACCCUGUUUCUGUUUGGCAGGUUCCUUCUGAUGGGAGAUUUUGAUGCGUACGUGAAAUGUCAAGAACGGGUCAGCGAAGUAUUCCAGGUGCGAUUCAGAUCCAAGAAUGUUUCUAUUCGGGAACAUUCUUAACUUAUGUCCGCAUUAUACAUAUGUCCACAAUUUCACCGGGUCUUUGAAAUGUAUGAGCGAUGUGGCUGAUAGGGGUUUAUGCGACAUCUCAAUUGACGCUUAAAACUCGACUAACUGAGAAGAAAGUAUUCUAGGAAGCAAUUGUUUAUAAGGAGAACGCACAACAGUGACAUCUGCUCACGCACUCGCGCGUGAGGUUUUUCGUGAGAUCUCUUAGGUUUUUAUCUUUACUGAAUGAGAUGGAUGCGAAUCGACCAGCUAGUCAGUAACGAACCGACGCAAACUGGUUACGAAUCGUCUGAAUUUGGGAACUAAUGGACCGAGUACGAAACGUCCUUGAGUACGAAACGACUGGAUCCCCUUUCCUUGACCAGUAUGGCGGAUCUGAAAAAUACGCUUGCCAUGUAGGCCAGUAAAAGAGCUUAAGAUUUACUUGUUAUGCUUGGCUUCACAGGAUCCUGACCACUGGCACAGCAUGGCAAUCAUGAAUAUUGCAUCUUCUGGUAAAUUUUCAAGUGACAGGACCAUCAAGCAGUAUGCAGAUGAAAUCUGGGGUGUAAAACCUUUAAGCACUAGUGAAGUGAAGACCGUCAGAGGGAAAUAA